CAGCGGCCCGGCCCCGCCGCCCUCGCUGGGGCCGCCCAGGGCCAGGGGAGGUAGCGCCUGGCCCGGCUCCUCUCGGGGCUGUGCCACGGAGCUGCCCCGCCGGGCGGGCGCGGGGCCAGCAUGAGCUCUCCCGGCCCGGAGGGCGCGGGCAAGCCCCCGCAGUACCGCGUGGACCACCUGCUGAGCGCCGUGGAGAGCGAGCUGCAGGCGGGCAGCGAGAAGGGCGACCCCACGGAGCGGGAGCUGCGCGUCGCACUGGAGGACAGCGACCUGUGGCUACGCUUCAAGGAGCUCACCAAUGAGAUGAUUGUCACCAAGAACGGCAGGAGGAUGUUCCCGGUGCUGAAGGUGAGCGUGUCGGGGCUGGAUCCCAACGCCAUGUACUCCUUCCUGCUGGACUUCGUGGCGGCCGACGGGCACCGCUGGAAGUACGUGAACGGGGAGUGGGUGCCUGGCGGGAAGCCGGAGCCGCAGGCGCCCAGCUGCGUCUACAUCCACCCCGACUCGCCUAAUUUCGGUGCCCACUGGAUGAAGGCGCCCGUCUCCUUCAGUAAAGUCAAACUCACCAACAAGCUCAACGGCGGCGGGCAGAUCAUGUUGAACUCCCUGCAUAAGUAUGAGCCAAGGAUUCAUAUAGUGCGAGUGGGUGGCCCACAACGGAUGAUCACCAGCCAUUCCUUCCCAGAGACCCAGUUUAUAGCCGUGACGGCCUACCAGAAUGAGGAGAUCACAGCUUUAAAAAUUAAAUACAAUCCGUUUGCAAAGGCAUUUCUUGAUGCAAAAGAAAGAAGUGAUCACAAAGACAUGAUGGAGGAAGUGGGAGACAAUCAGCAGUCUGGGUAUUCACAGUUAGGUAGUUGGCUUAUUCCUGGGACUGGAACUCUGUGCCCACCUGCCAAUCCUCACGCCCAGUUUGGAGCCCCCCUGUCACUCUCCCCUGCUCACAGCUGUGAAAGGUACUCAUCGCUGAGGAACCACCGUCCUGCCCCCUAUGCCACCCCCUACACCCAUAGAAACAACUCACCAACAGCCUAUACUGAUAACUCUUCUGCCUGCCUAUCCAUGCUGCAGUCCCAUGACAACUGGUCUUCUCUAGGAGUUACUACACACACAACGAUGCUGCCCAUGAGUCACAGCACUGGCACAGCUACCAGCUCCAGUCAGUACCCCAACUUAUGGUCUGUGAGUAACAGCACCAUCACACCAGUGUCUCAGUCAAGCGGGAUGUCCAACGGCCUGAGCUCCCAGUUUUUGCGUGGCUCUUCUGCACACUACACUACUCUUCCUCACCCGGUCACAGCCACCUCCUCUGCCUCCCCCCUGUACGACGGCGGGGCACCCACGGACCUGCCUGACAGCCAGUAUGAUGCCUCCACACAUGCCAGGCUGGCAUCAACGUGGACACCUGUCACGCCCCCUUCCAUGUAAACCUCGACCUUUUCCUUUAAGGCAGACUUUUUAGCUACUGAAUUACUUUAAAUGCUUAAUCCUCAAGGAAGACAAAAAGGAGACAUGAAAGAAACUGCGAACAAAGCAUCUGCACUGCUUUGCAUAGAGCACCUACAUUAUACCUCUUAUAGUGAACAGUGCAUCACUGAUUUCAUGUAGAGUUUAUAAACUGGUGAGUGUGCAAUUCUGAGAGCAGAUUCACUGCUUUUAAUCUUAUUCAUUUUUUAAAGUUUGAUAGACCUAAGUUUUAAGUUUUUUACUUAGAUUUCCAAUUUCUCAGUAUUCUCAUAUAUUUGGACCUGAAGUUUGGGGUCGUUCUUGAGAAAGUUACUCAUAACUGGUUUUCAGUUAAUUUUUUUAAAUGGCAAACUUAGCUGUAGGCAUGAGAAGACUUAUUAACCAUCUAGUUAGAAGCAUUCUGAAAUAUGCACAAAUGUAGCUGAGGAGUGAAGUUUUUGGAAAAUCAUGUGCACUAACACGUAUUUGCCUCACAAAUACGUUGUGUUCUUAACUGUAUGCUUAUUUCCUUGCUGCUGAAUUAAUGUUGAGACAAUCUGCAAGAACUGUAAUCCUCCCAAUAAAAACAGUAUUAAUGUCUGGUCUAAAAAGUUUUACCCAAAAGACUCCUCUUAGAAGUAAGUUUUGGUGUUUGAUCAUAUAGAUUUCAAAUACCCAUCAGCUUAACUAAACAUCUCAUUUCAAACAGCUGGUAUCUAAUUAGGAGCCCUAUCCAAAACGUUUUGAGACAUUGAAAAUACAUCACUGGGGUUUUUUUGGUUUUUUUUUGGUUGGUUGUUUUUUUUUUUUUUUAUGGUCUUUGUCUCAGGCCUUAAGGGAGGGAGUUCAAACAUCUGGAGAAUCAUUCUAAUUUAUUUUAUUUCAAUCUUCUUCUCUGAUCUAUAUUUAUUAUUUGGUAAGUUACAACUUUAUUUUCUAUGUGUUAAGAUAUGUAAAUAACCCCUCUACCUACAGUGUACUCUUUUAAGACAAUCAUGUGGGAUAUUGAACAACAUGGAUGUAAGUAGUUAACUUAUUGUAAGAGGGAAAUCUGUAGUUACCAAGAAUUUUGGGGAAAAGUGCAGAUACCCUAAGAUUUAAAAUACACUGACUGCUUGACUUGCUGGAAAGAACAGGUCUUUAUAAAAUACCUCCUUCAUGACUGAUAUUAAGUAACGUGAUCCAAAUCUCUAAUGCAGGCUAACCCAAAACAUUGGCUUAAAGUGUGCCCUUAGACAUGUCUCUUUCUCCCACUGGCAAAUACAUGUCCUGGGGUAAGGGAGUUCUUUUGCAUAAGCCAUAAUAAAUAACUUUUAUAAUGAAGUGCCUAAAUAGUGAAGCAAAAUUCUGUAUCAGGGAAUUCCUUAAAUAACUGAUUGUGUGCUCAUGUGCUACAGUGGCAACUUUUAAAAUGGAAAAACAAGUAUUUGCCACCAUUUUGGGCUCUUUGGCACCCUAGGGGCAGGUCCCUGCACCUCGAAAGGCUUUGGCAGGGCUUUCUCCCCACAGAGGGAUCUGUGUGCAACAGCAGGCUGUGGUCUCCUGGAGGUGGUACUCCAGCAGGAGAAGGCACCAGAAGCAAAUGGCUGCACGGCUGCAUCCUCUGUCAAUAUGUAAAUAUUGAUCUAAGUGCUCCUGUUUUAUUGUGAAGGUACAUUGUGUAAAUGAUGUAAGUGCAUUAUUAUUUAGACUAUUUUGUAGAAAUUAGCAACAUAUUUCAUUGUGAGGUUUUAUACUUGUAUUUUGGAAGUAUAAUUU